AUGGGCAGAACGAUGCACAACGAUACACAAAAAAACCUUUCUACUUUCCAAGCAAGUGCUGAUAAGCGGCCUCUUCUUAAUAACGCAAGUGGGGCUUCAUCUUUGAGUGGCCUGGGCCCUGGUAUCGGACUAAACUACACCCCUCGCCCAUCAUCUUCGACUCGGAUUAAAGGGCUAACAUCCACAGGUGGGAGUUUUCGGAGUAACUACGCACCAGAUUCGGCUUUGGAUAGCGUUGCCGUAGGCUUUCUCCCAUAUGGAAGCAAUUCUACCUUUUCUGGUCCACCCCAACGAGGUCUUUCUGAACCAUCUUUGUUAUCUGGUCUUGGAAAUUUUAAUCACCCAGUUAACCCUGAUCUCUCUACGCUCAUGUCUGGUCUUGUCAAUAGUUCAAAGGCGUCACUAAUUGGUAUGGGAAACGUUCCUAAUAAAUCCCUCACAAGCAUUGGUUUAAUGGGCAACUCUGGAAAUACAUCGUCAUCCGGUUUGAUGAAUCCGGGUGUUUCUUCCUCUGGACUUACAUUCGACCCUUCUGAUUUUCCUCCCAUUGUAAAUUCCAUAAACCAAUCUCAAAAUCAGGGCUUUCCGGGAAAUCCGCAACAUCGGAAUUACGUCUCGGCCAUCGCAAAGGGCGGUGGAAGUGGAGUGCCCUCUUCCCUUAGUGGGGCUCUGCCGAGUCAGAAUUCAUUCUCCGGAUCUGCAGUUCAAGCAUCCCCUGAAUUUUCUAUCGAUCAAGACUUUCCUGCACUACCGGUUGCUCAGACGUCGUCCAUUUCGACAACGACAGUUAACUCAGCUCCGUUGCCUUCAGUAGUCACCCACUCGUCAAAUCAGUCGACCCAUUCUCUAACCGUUUCGUCGGGUGAAGCUCUUAAGAGUCAGGCAGCAUCACGUGCUCAGCGUUCUCAAAGCGGUGGUUCGUCCCACACAGAACCGGCUUCCGGUGGUUCUUUGGAAUUACUAAAUGAUCACUAUGUUGCAAACAUACCAAGGGAUAUGAUAUUUGAUCAAUAUGGCAUGAUUGGCCUACUUAAACUGAUUCAAAUCGAUCCAACAUUCGAACCAUUAGCGCCUGGAUUAAACUUGGCGUCGAUGGGCAUCUCACAUUGGCUCCCGCCUGGGGAACUCUACACGAGAUUUGCCUCCCCCGUGUCAGAUUCUUGCAUGCUACGGCCGCAGGACAUGGAUUUCAACGUACCCCCGGAGUACCAGAUCCGGCAUCAAAUAGCCAAUCGCCUCCCCCACGAUCCUCAGCUCGAACUGCUCUCCGACGAGAUCCUUUUCUGGCUUUUUUACAACUGCUGUCGGGAAGAAGUCCAGUUGGUUGCUGCCAAGGAGUUGUAUAACCGCGAGUGGCGGUUCCACAAAAAGAAGCAACGCUGGAUUACUCGCAUCGUGGGUAGUGAUAUAAUUCGUGACGCGAAUUCUGAACAAGGUGCCUACUACUAUUGGGAUCCGGUGUCGGCCGAGAAGUUGACUCAGCACAUGAGCAUCUGCUACGCUGACCUCGAUGAGACGCCCACGACCUAUCGGCUCACCUCGUCCACGCUUAACGCUAGCGUCCAGCCUGUGGCGGCACCUCAACACCAACUAUACCACCACCACAAUCAACAACAGCACCUCUUUAACAGCAGCAACCUCAGCGGUAGUUCACCACAUUUCGCAGCGGCAGCAGUUGCUGGACGAAUACCGCGGCCCGUUGCGAUGGCUCCGAGUACAGGCACUAAGCUAGGCACCUCUGUGAUCCCCAAUGGACCAGUGGUUUCGCAGCUGCCGGUCGCUAAGCAGGAGGCGAAGGCGAACGAGGGCGCGCUCUCUAACCCCUCUGUCACCUCGGCUUCCGCCGCUCCUGCGCCGCCCUCCGCCUCGUCGUCCUCGUAG